AUGUACAAGGCAGUCAUUCUCACGACGUUGCUGUACGAAGCAGAGACUUGGACGGUGUACACGAAGCAGGUACGCCGACUCAACUACUUCCACCUCAGUCGUCUUCGUCGCAUUUUGAAGCUGAGGUGGCAGAACCGAAUCCCCGACACCGAUGUACUGGAAAGGACGGGAAUUCUCAACAUUUACACCACGCUGAUACAACUGCAGCUGCGUUGUAGCGGCCAUCUGGUGCGGAUGGACUACGCGAGGCUACCCAAACGACUCUUCUAUGGAGACAUCGCCGCGGGUUCCCGCCGCCAAGGAUGUCAAAUUCGUCGCUACAAGGAUACCCUGAAAUCCUCCCUGAAGCGUCUGCAAAUAAACCCGACCAACUGGGAAGACCUCGCCCACGACCGAGCGACUUGGAGGAGGACAGUGAAGACAGGCGCUGCGAUGUACGAAGACAACCGCAUCGCUGCCACCAAAGUUAAACGUGAAGCACGCAAAUCACGGCAACGCACAACCGCCUCCAACGUGUCCACGGGGACAACUGACAUUCCGGAUCAACUGCACUACUCAGACGGCACAACCCGUCGUCCCUCCGUUCGCCUCUUCCUCGUCCUCUCCGCCGUCAAUUUACUCUGA